AUGGAAAAUAAGAACCAGGAAAUUGAGAAGUCGCAUGAUACGAUAAUAUUGAUUCUAAAAGAGAAUCGAUUUGAAGUUGAAAAGCAAAAAUUAAUCAGCAAGAGUCAGUACUUUGCUGCUCUUUUGUCCGAAAAUUAUUUAGAUUAUCGUCAAACGGAAUAUAUUAUUAAAUAUGACAAUAUUCUCCCAAUUUCAUUUCGAGAUUUUGUUGAUUGGAUUCACAAUGACAAAAUUGAUAUCUUUACAACAAAUUGUUGGGAUAUCAAAAAAUGUGAUCGGCUCUCUAUCCUGGUAGAAUUAAGUAUUAUAUUUGCAGUGAAUAAUCUAAUAGAGUACUUAAUCUAUAAAAUAGAGGAAAAAUUAUAUUUUAUGCCACCAGAAUAUGUAAUUAAUUUAUGGUUAUUAUCACAAGAAUUGAGUUUAAAUAUCCUCCAAGAUAUUUCGUUGGCAUUUUGCUUAGAUCGUUUCGAUGAUCUACCACUUAAUUCAAUUUAUGAGCUAUCGAAAGAAAAUUUUCUUAAAUUAAUUGGGAAUAUCAAUAUAACAUCCACGAAAUCUUAUUUACUUAAAAUCACAAAUAAAUGGAUGGCCCACCAUAAUGAUUUUACAAUUGCUUUAGAUAUUUUAAAGAAUAAGGAAACAAAAAUAUUACAUAGUAUUAUAUCUUGUGAAAACAGAGAUUCUGAUAACACUGAAAAAUUUAUUCAUUGUUGGGAUGGUAAUGAUUUUUUUGAACUUACCUCAUUUAAAUAUCCUGAAGAUAUUGUUAAUUGUUAUACUGAUAAAUAUAAAUUAGAAGGGAUGCAGAUUAUUGGAAGAAGAUACAAUUUUUAUCUCUGUGGUGGAGAAUUUGGAGACACAGGUAUAUUUAACAAAAAUGUAUGGCGUUAUUCCUUGAUAACUAAAAAAUGGUUCCUUGAGACUAUUAUGCCAACUGAAAGAAGGAAUAUGAUUGCUGCGUUUGUGAAAAACAAAUUAAUACUUGUGGGCGGUUUGGGACAUGAAAUCAAAUCCAAUAUUGAUAUUUAUGAUAUUUAUACAGGCUUGUGGACAUCGGGUGCAGAGGCACCUUGCAAUUUCUAUUGUGGUCAUUUCUAUUCCGUUUUGGAUGAAAAAUUAAUCAUAUGUAGAAAAUUCUUGGCGACUUAUAAUCUUUGUAAUACUAAAGCACUAAGAUAUAAAUCUAAAAAUGAUUAUGAAUCUUACGGUUUGAAAUGCAAGAUAUAUAUCUAUUUUUCAAAUAUGAAUGUAUGGAAGAUGGUAUCACGGACGGAAAAGAGUUAUUUAAACUUUAAUGUCGACCUUUAUACAACAAUAUUGUUUAAAACUGCACCCUGUUAUAUUGAUAUUGUGAAUAAAGAUAAAAUGUUUUUAAGAGUUGCCAACGAUUCAUGCAAUAAGAAAAAAUGUAGCCACAUAAUGAGAUACAAUAAUCGGAUCGAAUUUAAAUUAUCAUCAUACAAAACAUUCAAUAAAGAAGAUUCAAUUCUAUACUUCUUAAAAAAAAUUAAUUAUGACAAUAACUAUGACGACGUUAUAGUGUAUCUUGAUUUGUCAGAAUUAUGUUAUAAGAAUACGUUACAUUUGCAUAGUAUUCCUAUAAAAAAUAUAAAUAAAUUUCAAUCAUGUCUUCAUAAAUUCAAUAGAUUUUUUAAUAUAAUUCAUCCAGAUCAUUUACAUGCGACAAAUUUGAAUCAUAUUUAA